AAGCCACAAGAAAACACGUAGCGAAGUUUCAGAUAAUGGAAUCGUCAACAAAUCUAGAUGUUGGGGCCCAGCUAAUUGUGGAGGACUGUGCUACCAGCUACAGCCUGUCUCACAUGCCAGAUAUUAAAGUGGAGCAUCACCUUGAUUCCAGUGUUGAGGAAGGACCGGCCCAGAGUGUUGCUAUGGGAAUGAAAUUCAUCUUGCCCAAUAGGUUUGACAUGAAUGUCUGUUCCCGGUUUGUGAAGUCCUUGAAUGAAGAAGACAGCAAAAACAUUCAAGAUCAAGUGAACUCUGACCUUGAAGUGGCAUCAGUGUUAUUCAAAGCUGAAUGCAAUAUCCAUACGUCUCCUUCUCCUGGGAUUCAAGUCAGACAUGUCUACACCCCAUCAACUACUAAACAUUUUUCACCCAUAAAACAGUCCACCACUUUAACUAAUAAGCACAGAGGAAAUGAAGUCUCUACAACACCUUUGCUAGUUAACUCUCUCUCUAUUCACCAGCUGGCAGCUCAAGGGGAAAUGUUAUAUCUAGCCACACGCAUAGAGCAAGAAAAUGUAAUCAACCAUACAGAUGAAGAAGGCUUUACCCCUCUGAUGUGGGCUGCAGCCCAUGGGCAGAUAGCAGUGGUAGAAUUUCUCCUUCAAAAUAGUGCAGACCCACAGAUCCUGGGGAAGGGGCGAGAAAGUGCUCUCUCAUUGGCCUGUAGUAAAGGAUACACAGACAUUGUCAAGAUGUUGCUUGACUGUGGAGUUGAUGUCAAUGAGUAUGACUGGAAUGGUGGCACACCCUUGCUCUACGCUGUACAUGGAAACCAUGUGAAAUGCGUCAAAAUACUCUUAGAGCAUGGUGCUGAUCCAACUACAGAAACAGACUCUGGAUAUAAUUCCAUGGAUUUGGCUGUAGCCCUAGGCCAUCGUAGUGUUCAACAGGUGAUUGAGUCUCAUUUAUUAAUGCUUCUUCAAAAUGUCAAGGAAUAAUGCCAUUGCACAAAUGAGAGCAGAUUCUAAUCUGAAGAGCUGGACUGUGUGUUAGCGCUGC